AUGCGUAUAGAGGAAUUGAAUGGGGUUGAGGUAGGAGAAGGUGAGGAGGAAGGAGGAUUGAGGUUUGUGGGUUAUGACGCGAAAAGGGUGUUGGUUGGAGCAGGUGCUCGUAUGCUAUUCUACCCAACCCUUUUUUACAAUGUUGUCAGGAAUAGGAUUCAGUCUGAGUUUCGAUGGUGGGAUAAGGUUGAUGAGUUCAUAUUGUUAGGUGCUGUUCCGUUUCCUAUUGAUGUUCCACACUUGAAGGAGCUUGGUGUUCGUGGGGUCAUCACAUUGAAUGAGUCAUAUGAAACUUUGGUUCCAACAACAUUAUAUUAUACUCAUGGAAUUAACCACUUAGUGAUCCCUACCAGAGAUUACUAUUUUGCUCCUUCAUUGCAUGACAUACGACGGGCUGUGAGUUUCAUACAUGAAAAUGCAUUGUCUGGACGCACUACAUAUGUGCAUUGCAAAGCUGGACGCGGUCGCAGCACAACUGUUGUUAUUUGUUAUCUGGUGCACCACAAAAUGAUGACACCUGAUGUUGCAUAUGAUUAUGUGAAAUCAAUUCGACCAAGGGUGCUUCUUGCUUCCUCUCAGUGGAAAAUUGUCCAAGAAUACUACUACCAUAUUAUGGUGGGGAGGGCUGUUGGAUGUGCUCCUACAACCAAUCCAUUUCCAUUAGUAAAGGCUUCUCAAGGGGCAACAGGCUCACGAGAUCUUGUGAUGUUUGAUGACAAUUCUGUGGUCAUGGUAAAUGGGUCAGAUUUAGAAGGUUACGACCCAACAAAUCAAUCAAGAACUGCGACAAGUGACAUGUGGGCAAAAUUAAGUGUUGUAUAUCGUGUACGAGUUGCUGGACAAGCGGCACUGGAGAGAAUAUCAUGCCUUUUUCUACGAUAUGGUACUACUAGCCAGAAUAUUUUUAUAGAGAAACCAAGCAACAUGGAAAGCCCUUACUCAAUCAAGGGCAAUCACUUGGGAGAACUUAGUGUCGAUAUCCACGUCGUCUACUGA